CCGCCUCCCGGCAGCGGCAGGGGGAGGAGCCGGCAGCCCGGACGCCUGGGUCCCCGCCGCCGCCAGGGGAAAGAGGCGGGGCCGGGCGCUCGGACGCCGGGGCUCCCUGCGGCGUUGGUGACAACGGGAGGCGGGCCAUGGGGCGGAAGCGGCUCAUCACCGACUCCUUCCCGGUGUUGCGGCGGCCGUCGCGGCGCGCUGAGGCCAAGGGGCGCCGCGGGACCCGGCAGGAGGAGGCGCCGGCGCCCGCCGCCUCCUGCCCGGACCCGGCCGUUCUGGACAUGCUGCGCCGCUUCGACCUCUCCUGGGAGUACGGCCCCUGCACGGGCAUCACCCGGCUGCAGCGGUGGGAGCGGGCGCAGGCCCUGGGGCUGAGCCCCCCGGCCCCCGUGCGCGAUGCCCUCCUGGAGCACCAGGACGACCCUGCUGUCACAUACAGCCUCUGGCACGAGUACCCGCUCUGAGAGUCUACGCACCGAUCCCCAGAGGCAGUGCCCGGGGCUGUCCCGCUGCCCCCCGCUGCCCCCGCGCCAGGCAUCCCUGCAGCCGUGCCCACGUCCUGUGGCGGGCACCGGGCAGAUUAAAGGCUGGUGUGAACAAGG